AUGGGUGUACUUAGGGACGAGAAGUCCAAUGAGGCAUUCAUCACCCCCGCUGGGGCGAAAAGUGAUGAUGAUAAACAAGCUACCCCAGAGAGACCACCCUCCUACACCAUGCCAGAGAGAGCUCUUCAACUGCCCACCUUAAACCUCACGGAACUGACAACGAAGCCCACAGAAAGCACGGUCUCUCGCGACCAGUGUGUCGCGCAUCUCAAAUUCCUGGCUGUCUUGGCUGAUCUGCGGGACUACAUUUCCAACAUCGAUGGCUUGUUCGGACUCUUCAACUCCGAUGCUGAUCAGUAUCCCGACUCACUUAAUGAGGCCCGGGCUCGGAUUUGCGAGAAGCGUUGGGCCGUGUAUACGGCCCGCGCAGUCGACCGCUACUCCAAGUGGUGGACGGUCUGUCUACCAAGGUCGCAAGGACACGCAACUUUGUCAACUAUAGCGAUGCCCGAUUAUGAAACAAUCAUUGAUUGUGAAACCCAAAUUCUAUGGAGUGUGGAUAACAUGCCUCCGCUUGAUAUCCUGAUGGUAUGGCACUCACAUAUGUUGAACCCACGGGAUUUUCUUGAGGACUGUAUCCGAUCUGGCAGAAUGAGUACUUGGAGGACCGGAUUCCCAUUCGCCGCAGUAAAUUCCUGCAUCAACGACCGCACCUUAGAGUAUGACGUCAGCGAAAAGACCCGGUUGCUAUUUGAAAAACAGCUGAAACUAAAAUGGGAUAAUCUUGAAGACCCGCCAAGCAAGGAUGUCAAAUGCCCACGCUGCCGCAGAGCAAACCCGGUGGUCUGGACGGAGGGAGGAAUUGGCGAGUCGGUCAAGGAGGCUUACAAGGAUAGCACUGGCUAUGCUGAUCGCUCAUUCGAAACAACCUGUCAAGGGUGCUCAUACCCCAUCGAUCAUAAUAGAUUGCGGGUAGCAAAGUUCCGCAGCGAUCUCAUCCAUCUGCUGGAGGAUAAACGGCCAAUGCCGGGUGGACUCUAUACUCUCAACGGCAUCCCAGAGGGCAGCCUUAAGAAGGGAAAUAUAUUGCCACAUCACUAUAUGAUGUUCCCAAGUCGGUUUAUCGAGGCUGCGGGGUCGGCCUUGCUGGCCUUUACUGAUCCUCGGGUAGACUGGUGCAAGAAUAUCGAUGAUCUCCGCAAGGAGCUGGAGAUGAAGCUACGCGACAAAGCUGUCCUUAAGGCUGCGCAUGAUGGGUUCAAUGGUCGUUUUCGGCCUGGCGAGAAAGUACACUUCCGCCGCAUGAUGUCCCACUACUGGGAGAACUUCAGUCCGUUCGCACUUGACCUCGUCGGCGCGGUGAUUAGACAGGGAACUUUCGUCCAGAAGAUGGAUAACAUCGAUUGGCUACACUCACCCACGGUCCUCGAAACUGCGGACCGCCUGGUUAAAAAAUACAGCGUCUUCAUGGAGAUCAUGCUUGACAACCCGAGGAGCAUGGCUGUGCCCACUCUAGAUGUUGACCUAGCCUGGCACACACAUCAGCUCCAGCCUCGGAGGUACUACUUAUACAGCACGCGGCCCACAUCCAACGGGGUCCGCCAGUUUAUCGACCACGACGACAAGGUCGAUGAGAACAAGCUCUCCGAGGGCUUCGAGUGGACCAGCAAGAUGUACCGCCGUUACACCAACGGUGGCAUCUACAGCGAGUGUACCUGCUGGUACUGUGAAGCAACCCGCGCCCCCGAUCUGUACGACCGCGUGUUCAGCAUCGGCUCGUCCUCGCGUGCUCGCACCAAUGCAGACUCUCUGCACGACCGCGCAGACAUCUCGUCCGAUCCAGACAAGAAUCCGCAUAUCUCCGCGCACAAUGCUGUUCACCCUGUCUCCCUGGCCGCCGAGGACCCGCGUCUUGGCCAGCUCCAGCGCAUUCGCCUGCACCAGAACUACGAGAAGGCGGUCCGCCGGGCAGAGAAGCGUGGCCAGUCCCGUGACGCGAAGCAUAGUAAGAACGGCGGCUAUGAGCCUUACUACUACACCCCUCUUGUCUGGGGCUAUCCAGUAUUCGUGCCCUACUACGGCCCAUACAUGUGUGACCCGGGCAUUAGUUCGGGAGCAUAUGCCUGCAACCCAAGCUGUAUGAAUGUGGUUGCCGGUGCUGUCGGGAACUGCUGCUCAGGGACCUGUGGGGGAGGCGUGGCUGCAGGCUCCUGUGGCGGCGCAGGGGCUGGGGGCUGCGCUGGGGGUGGUGCCGCUUGUGGAGCUGCUGGAGGCGGUGGUGGCUGUUAG